AUGCUCACCUUCCGCCGCGCACUGGUCCUCGCGGCCGCCAUCCUCACCCUCUUCUUCAUCUUCCACUCCUCGCACCGCGAUCCGCCGCGGAUCCACAACGCCAAAGACCACCCUAAGCCCGCCUCCUUAACCAAAACGACGCAGAAGGAAUCAGCCUCGAAGCAGGAGACCACCGAGCCGCCCAAACACAAUGACGUGACGUCCUGGAAGGCCCCCGGCAGCACCCAGGUGCCUGCCCAGAAGCCGAAAACCCAGAUUCCGCUGGCUGAGCUCCGCAAACGGCCCCUGCGCGCCCAGCUCGAGUACCAAUACCCUUACGACGUCGAGGCCAAGUUCCCGGCAUACAUCUGGCAGACAUGGAAAUACACACCCGCGUCGGGCGACUUCGAGCCCAUGUUCCGCGAGGCAGAGGCCAGCUGGACCAUUAUGCACCCAACCUUCGUCCACGAGGUCAUUACCGACAAGGUUGCCAAGCACCUGAUGAGACAUCUCUAUGCGUCAGUUCCCGAGGUUCUCGAGGCAUACGAGGCGCUGCCAUUGCCCAUCCUGAAGGCCGACUUCUUCCGCUACCUCAUCUUGCUGGCGAGAGGGGGGAUAUACUCUGACAUUGACACGGCGGCGCUGAAGAGCGCAAUCGAAUGGGUGCCGGGUGACGUCCCAAGAAACACUUUUGGCAUGGUCAUUGGCAUUGAGGCUGAUCCAGACAGGCCAGACUGGGCGGAUUGGUACUCGCGAAGGAUCCAGUUUUGCCAGUGGACCAUCCAAGCCAAGCCCGGCCACCCUGUUCUCCGCGAGAUCGUCGCCAACAUCACCAUGGAGACCCUCAAGCGCAAAUCAGAGGGCCGCCUCACAAAGGAUUACAAGUCAAUUGUUGAGUUCACCGGCCCAGCGCUGUGGACCGACAUCGUAUUCAACUUCUUCAAUGACCCUGACUACUUCGACAUGUCCACCAGCAAAGGCAACAUCACCUGGGAGCACUUCACCGGCAUGACUUCCGCGAAGAAGGUCGGUGAUGUGGUCGUAUUACCCAUCACUAGCUUCAGCCCUGGCAUCCGAACCAUGAACGCAGGCGAGGACGAUGACCCAAUGGCAUUCGUGAAACACAACUUUGAAGGCACCUGGAAACCCGCCGAGGAGCGCCAUAUUGGUGAAAUCUUCUCCGGAUAGGACCCUCCCUUCCGUCUCAAUCUUCGUACCACACAAUAUCACGAACCCUGGUCUCAACCAUCCCCUUCCUACAUCCCUACAAACUUGCUCCACUGUCACCGAACACGCUCUGACAUAAUAUCCUGAACCUGUACACCACACGAACCCGCACACUUUCGACUUCUGCAUUGCUUGGCGCUGGCUCGGCCUUUUUCCAUUUUUAUUUUUUUACUUGGCCUUGAAAUGAACCACAAUUCGAGGGAUUUUCACUUGAGGGCGCAUAGCGCGGCGUAUACCUAAAACUGCAUCGAGAAGGGCAGGCAGCACGGUGCUUGGAUAUCUAGACUUUUUCUUCCUAUUUUUUUUCUUAAUUGUUUCGUUGAUGUGCAGUGGAGUGUUGAAAGCAGUGGAACGGAGUAACAUGUAAGUUGGAAGCA